GUCAUGAUUUGUUAAUUUGAUGCUUUGGCCAUUCUUGGAAAAUAAGCCAACCCCUUUGCCCCAUACAAGUACCAAAACUUCUCUCUAUAGAAUUUACUAGCUUCAAUUGUGAAAAAAAAUUUGCAACCCCAAAUUCAAGAAUGGCCCAGAUCCAAAACCAAGGCUUUGAUUCAUCCAUGCCACAAGAAAAAUGGAUGGGAGAUGUCGUUCUCUACCAAUUUCAUGGCUUUUGGUUCUCUCCCUUGCUCCUCCAAGGAACCCAAGAACUACUAAACCAAUUCAAACCGCUUUCUGGCGAUGUCAUCUUAGCCUCUUUUCCCAAAACCGGCACUACAUGGCUCAAAUCUCUCCUUUACUCCAUUAUCAACCGUUCUUCGAUAGAUCAAUUGGCAGGAAACCAUCCCCAUGAACUUGUGCCACAACUUGAGUUACAAGUUUAUGGACCACGUGCGGUUUCUGCGCCUCCUCAUUUCCCCUCUCCUUGCAGUACUUCACCCUCCAAUAGGAUCUUCGGCACCCAUCUACCAUACCAAAUCUUCGGUAAAACUGCAAUCUCAUCAGAUUGUCGAAUUGUUUACGUUGCGAGAAAUCCCAAGGACACUCUUGUGUCCUAUUGGCACAUGGUCAACACAAUGGAAAUGGCCAAAAGAGACCCAUGGCCACUAGAGGAAGCUGUGGACAAGUUUUGUGAAGGGUUUUUUCCUUUUGGACCCUAUUAUGAACAUGUGUUGGGGUACCGAAAAGAGAGCAUUGAAAGACCUAAGAAAUUCUUUUUUGUUACUUACGAGGAACUGAAGAGUGAUACAAAGACUCAAGUAAAGAAAUUGGCCGAGUUCUUGGGGUGUCCCUUUGAUAACGAAGGGCAAUUGGAGGAAGUGGUGAGGAGUUGUAGCAUCGAAACUCUGAGAAAUCAUGAGGUGAACAAGUCAAGCGAUUUAUCCAAAUUCAUUCCUAUGCCACUUAAUUCCUUCUUCAGAAAAGGGCAGGUUGGAGAUCACAAGAAUUACCUAAACAAGGACAUGAUUGAGCGGAUUGACGGAAUUACUAGCGAUAAAUUUCACGGCUUAAUCUUCAAGCACGAGGCAGAUUGUGUUAAAAAGUAAGGUUUCUUCCUGAUUCUCCCAACUUCCCAACACCAUGCAUUCGUUGGAGGUGCAUUUGGUAAUAAAACCUUUAUGCUACGGUUUGAUUCGUGAUUAAUUUAGUCUCAUUCGGCGAUUCAUUUGAUAAUAAACCUUUCGGCUACCACACUGAACCACACGCUAAGGGAGGGCAACAAGGUGGCGGACAAGCUUGCAAAUUUGGGAGUUAAGCAGGAAGAAAAAAUGGCGUCUCACAUUUCUCCACCGGAUGAUAUAAUCUCCCUUCUAUAGGCGGAUAUGAGAAGAGUGACUUUUGAGAGAGUGUAAUCUGUUUUAAUUUUUCAGUUUACCAAAAAAAAAAAAAAAACCUUUCGGCUACAAUUAGAUUGUUUGGUAACCUUCUGAUAUCAAACACUCUUGCUUAACACACUUGCCUG